AUGGCUCGCGUGUGGUCGUUGAGCGAAGUUGCACGGCACAAUUCACCCAGUGACAGAGUAUACGAUGUGACUGAAUUUCUGCCUGAGCACCCGGGAGGGGCCAAAAUCAUCCUGAAGUAUGCCGGGCGUGACGCCACUGCAGCGUACGAGCCAAUUCAUCCCAAGGAUGCACUUGAAAAGAAUCUGUCACCAGAGAAGCAUUUGGGCAGCAUUGAUAGCACUGGAGCUAGGGAGCUCAAAGAGGAGCAAGCCUCACGUAAGAAGACUCAAGACGAAAUCCGCGUGGAGCGAGCCAAGGCAAUAAAGCGGCCUAUCAAUCACAUUCUUAGUUUACAGGACAUGGAGAACGUCGCCCGUGAAGUACUGUCCCACAAAACAUGGGCGUUCUAUAGGUCCGCUGCAGACGACGAAAUCACGUACAAUGAGAAUCGACUGGCCUUCUCCCGGUUCUUUUUCCACCCGCGUGUCCUGAGACCCAUCUCGAACGUCGACCCUUCCACGACCAUAUUGGGGUUCCCUAGCUCGCUGCCGAUAUUUGUCAGUGCUGCAUCACUGGGCAAGCUUGGGCAUCCCCUUGGUGAGGUCAACAUCACCCGCGGCGCAGGACGUACCGGCAUCAUACAGAUGGUGUCCACCUACUCGUCAUGCUCUCAUGCAGAAAUAGCGGCAGCCCGUGUCAAUGCCUCUCAGCCACUUUUUCUCCAGCUGUACAAGGAUAAGAACAGCCCCGUGUCAGAGAAACUACUGCGAGAUGUCGAAGGGCUUGGCUACAAUGCAAUUUUCCUCACAGUGGAUGCGCCCCUUAACGGGAACCGCGAGCGCGAUCUCCGCGCGCCUUUCGAGCUCGAGGAGCAGGAGCGGUUGGUCGAAGAAGCAAAGAAUCCCAUGGGCAAUGCGGGCGAAAUGCCCGAGAGGCCAGAAGAUGCGGACAACACACUAGUGGAAGGUGAACUGGUCCUGAUUGGUACAUCUGGAGGGCUGCGGACUACCGGCGAUUUGGACCAGUCAUGGGAGGUGACACUGCCGUGGCUCCGGAGAACGACAAAGCUUCCAAUUGUUUUGAAGGGCAUUCAGACUGUUGCGGAUGCUGUCAAGGCGGUUGAAGUCGGCGUUGACGGAAUAUUGCUGUCUAAUCACGGUGGUCGACAGAUGGAAUACUCUCUUCCGCCGCUGGAAGUCCUCUAUAGAAUUCUUUACAUCGACGGCGGCGUGCAUCGCGGCACAGAUGUGUUGAAGGCACUUUGUCUCGGGGCCAAGGCUGUCGGUCUUGGGCGGGCAUUUCACUUUGCACUCAGUGCAUAUGGUGAGGCUGGCGUUGUUCAGACAGUGCGCAUUCUUCAGCGCGAGAUCAUUCUCGGAAUGCGAUUGCUGGGUGCAACUCGUUUGAGCGACUUGACGCCAGAGAUGGUGGAGCGUGUUGACUGGCAGCCAUUCCUCUCGAAGUUGUGA